CACUGCUACAACAGCUGAUCUGAUCCCUGAAAAUUAAUAAAUAAAUUCUCGUCAAUGUUUUGAAGCUUUUAUUGUGAGAUCGUGGCAUAAACAAACAAUAAUGCUGUCGGUUCAAUAGAGCAGCACUUAUAUCAUCUUUCCGAACGCUUUGGAAAACAAUAAUACAUCAUAUUUUGCACAAGGAUUCGAGGGCAUCAAUUCCAGCUCCAACCGUGCCACAUACAUACAUAUGUAGAACUGCACGGUCCCAGCCAGCGCCGCCUAGCACAUCAUUUGACGUCCUAAGUUUGCUUUUACCACAAGCCCCGAUCCACGAUAAAGUCAUCGCCCCUAUCUGCAAUUAAUUCAAACCUUUGCGAAAAUAGUAAGCAUUUGUGUGCGACCCGUUGGCUUUCUAUUCUAUUAUUUCGGUGGUAGUGUGGCCAAUUGAAUAUUGAAUAUCAGCAUGAUAGAAGAUGAUCCGAUAUCCCUAAGCUACCAUUUGGCGAAAGAUAUGUAUGGGAUGGCAUUAUCGCAAGUGAUCUAUGUACUUGAUGUGUGGCAGCAUGCGAAGAGAAAAUCAGCCAAUAUGAAAGUUCCGACGCGCGACUCAAAAUAUUCAUUCAAUUUGAAAAUAUUCAAAUUGCAUAACGAUAAGAAAUCCACAAGCGCCUCGCUGGCACCCACCGCCUCACCUCCACCUAGUAGUACCUCACCUGUGAUCUCAACAAAACGAAACUCUUGGCGCACUGCAUGGCGUGAGGCUAUGGGAAGCGGCUCCAAGGACUCCUCCAGUUCGAAGAAUGAGCCGUCGACGAAGGAGAUGGAUGCGAGCUCUCCUCCAUUUUUUGAACAACAACAACAACAUCAAAACAAGCGUCAAAGUUCCUCCGAUUACAUGUUGUCUACUGCCCCCAGCCAUAGCCCCAGCCCAAGCCCUGCCGCUUCGCCUGUAGAUGAGCUGAUGUCAAUGCCAUGGUUUGGCAUGGACAUUGGCGGCACCCUCACAAAAUUGGUGUACUUCGAACCCAAGGAUAUAACGCCAGACGAACAGGAUCGCGAGGCGGGCAUUUUACGGAAUAUACGACGUUAUCUAACCAAAAACUCUGCAUAUGGCAAAACCGGACACCGCGAUACGCACUUACAGAUGGACAAUGUGGAGAUACGUAAAAGACGAGGGUCCCUGCAUUUCAUUAGGUUUCAGACCACAGAUAUGGGAAACUUUCUGUCCCUGGCCAAGCAAAAAGGCAUGGCCGAACUGGUGACCACUGUGUGCGCCACGGGGGGAGGAGCGUUCAAAUUCGAGAAGGAUUUUCGCGAUCAGGUCAACAUGAAGCUAGCCAAAUUCGACGAGCUCGAUACGCUAAUCAAGGGUAUACUCUUUGCCGAUCUCCACAAUCGCACCGAAUGCUACUACUAUGAAAACGCACGAGACAUCAUUUUCGAUGAUUCUCUUUCUUGCAGCAAAAGCGAGAAGCGUGCAUUCAAUUUUUCGCAACCAUUUCCAUUCAUAUUGGUGAAUGUUGGCUCCGGUGUGUCCAUUCUGGCUGUCUACGGACCCGACAACUACAAGCGUAUCUCAGGCACAAGCUUGGGCGGCGGUACAUUCCUCGGACUAUGCUGUUUGCUGACCGGCUGCACAACCUUUGAGGAAGCUAUACAGCUAGCUACCAAGGGCGACAACAGGAAGGUGGACAAGUUGGUAAAGGACAUUUAUGGCGGCGAUUAUAAUCGCUUUGGUCUGCCCGGAGAUUUGGUGGCAUCCAGCUUUGGCCAAAUGCACAUCGAUGACAAGCGGGUUUCAGUGUCCCGCGAAGACCUGGCCAAUGCCACACUAGUCACUAUAACCAACAAUAUUGGCUCCAUAGCACGGAUGUGUGCACUGAAUGAGAAGAUUGACAGGGUGGUCUUUGUGGGAAACUUUCUACGUGUAAACCCCAUAUCCAUGAAGCUGCUGGCGUACGCUAUGGAGUUCUGGUCGAAUGGCACAAUGAAGGGACUCUUCCUGGAGCAUGAGGGAUAUUUUGGUGCCCUGGGAUGUCUACUGCAAUUUAAUGGCGAGCUAGCAGCCGCUCUAAAUGAAGGUCUUGACCAUCCGCAGUGCGCUGAGCACUUAGUCACGGAUGAGAGUGUGUGUGCGGCAGAACCGCCGAUCCCUUCCACAGCUGAUAAGCCUUCAGAGAAAUCACCGCCGCUCUCGCCAGCAAGCAAACACUCUACUAGGUAGUCGCUGUAGCACCAUGUUCCUCCGUGUACAGUAGACCUAAGAUUACUUGGGCAAUGGAAAUAUGAAAAAUGGAUCGAUCCCUUGCAGACUAUUAUCUCGGUAUUCAACAUAAUUUUUUUUCGGCUUAAGUUUAUACACGUUUUUAUACAUCGCAAGGUUGCCGCCAGUUGUAAAUGCAUGAAAUUACAGAAUAGAUAAAAGUGCCUGCUAAAAAAAUCACGACGAAUUUUGGCCCCCAAUCUGAGCCGAACUUCCGCUUUCCUUUCCUUUCCUUUCCUUUCCUUACCGAUUUGACGAACAUAUGCACGUGUCUGUGCACUUUCAUAAGUGAAUUUUACUAGCAUAACGUUGUAAGAUACGAGUAUACAUAUGUUACAACGAUUUCUGGUAGUUUUAGUUUAAUUUUCUACAGUGAUAGAUUAUAGCUCACGGAAACGUAUUACAAAUACAAGUAGACCAGGAAAUUGCAAUUUGAAAGUCAAAGUAAAGUCUCGCGCGCAACGUACAGUCCAUGUACAUCACGUAUUACAUACAUGCAUCAAGGUGCAUAUGUCUAUAUGUAGCUUUACGAUACGAUACGAUAUUCAUGCAUACUUAUAAGUUUCUAUCAUAACGUUUGUGUAAAUGAUUUUUAAGUGGAUGUUUUAAAGUUUCUAAUUUAGCAAAUAAGUUUUGUGGUUCCAAUUUGUCGGCAGGUCAAUAAAAUUUGUUUUAAAAAAA